AUGUCCGUAAUCGUCACCGUCAUAUACCCCAAGACCGAAACCUCAACUUUCGACUUGGAUUACUAUAUGAAGACACAUAUGCCACUUGUUCAGGAGAAAUGGGGUGCUCGUGGAUUGAAGAACUGGACUGUUAACAAGUUGGAUGAGAGCUCAGGAUACUCUGUGCAAGCAAUUCUGUGGUUCGAGAGCAAGGAGGGAUGGGCUGCGGCUGCAGCCGCGGAAGGACCAACUAUCAUGGGUGAUGUUCCAAACUUUAGCUCAGAGAAGCCUUUGCUUCUCGUUGGAGAAGAGGUCAAGAGAGUUGUUUAA